UCCUAAGACCACCGCCGCUAAAAGUUGAGGAAGAGCCUCGAACCCGGAAGUCCAGCAGGAUCUAACUUCAGUGACAGUUUUCCUGGUCGAACUUCUUUCCUGGUUUUUUUUCUCUUCGGUCUGGACUUCUGUUGAACAUUAACAUGUCGGCGGGCGGACGGGCGGUUCGGGUCAAUGGACGUCCGGACUCCUGAGCUGCUGUUCUGACAGCCGGAUCGACCCACCAGGACCUGCCGCGGGACCAGAGCGCGUUCAUGCACAGACGAGGCGCCGUUAAGGCCAAAGCUUCUCGACGGGCGGCAGACAUGGCCUCAUCCCAGCUGAAGUACCUGUCCCUGGGGGUGCUGGUGUUCCAGACCACCUCCCUGGUGCUGACCAUGCGGUACUCCCGAACCCUGCAGGGAGACGGACCCCGGUACCUGGCCUCGUCCGCCGUGGUGGCGGCGGAGCUCAUGAAGAUCGUCGCCUGCGUUGUGCUGGUCUUCAAGGAGCACAGUUACAGCGUCCGAGCUCUGAACAGCAUCCUGCGGCAGGAGAUCCUCCACAAACCCGUGGAGACGCUGAAGCUGGCCAUCCCGUCUGGGAUCUACACGCUGCAGAACAACCUGCUGUACGUCGCUCUGUCCAACCUGGACGCAGCAACCUACCAGGUGACGUACCAGCUGAAGAUCCUGACCACGGCUCUGUUCUCCGUCUCCAUGCUGGGACGCAAGCUGGGCAUCUACCAGUGGCUGUCGCUGCUCAUCCUGAUGGGGGGCGUGGCUCUCGUGCAGUGGCCCUCGGACUCCGCCGUCUCCUCGGAGAAGGAGCCCGCCUCCGCCGGGUCGCAGUUUGUGGGCGUGGCGGCGGUGCUGGUGGCGUGCUGCUCCAGCGGCUUUGCCGGCGUUUACUUUGAGAAGAUCCUGAAGGAAAGCAAACAGAGCGUCUGGAUCCGGAACAUCCAGCUGGGGAUGUUUGGUUUCGUGUUCGGCCUCUUCGGGAUGCUGGCGUACGACGGGGAGAGGGUCCGGGAGGCGGGCAUGUUCCAGGGCUACAGUACAGUCACCUGGACGGUGGUGGCGCUGCAGGCGCUGGGGGGUUUGGUCAUAGCGGCGGUCAUCAAAUACGCAGACAACAUCCUGAAGGGCUUCGCCACGUCGCUGUCCAUCAUCCUGUCCACGCUGAUCUCCUACUUCCUGCUGCAGGACUUUGAGCCCACCAGUGUGUUCUUCCUCGGAGCCGUCCUGGUCAUCGUGGCCACGUUCCUGUACGGCUACGAAGGCAAGCCGGCCCCCAACCCCAGCAGGGCGUAGGCCGCCCCCCGCAGCAGGAGGACGAAGACUGGAGGAAAUGAGGGGGGGGUCAUGCGUACGGGGGGUGAAGCAGAGAUGAAGCUCUAGGUGGUGGUGGGUUCACACCAAAGCUGUCCGCUGUGAAGGCUGAGAAAGAAACGGCGUUCUCCACCUCUCUGAGCUCAGGCAGCCACGCCCCCCCGGGGUGGAGCCCCCCCCUCUGCUCUGCAUACGAGUCAAUAAGCACUGAUAGUUGAAUUAGUUUGACCUUCGUGGUCCUAAUCGCAGCAGAGACGCGAACCGAAGAGACCGGUCUGCCUGGAAGGCAAAACUCAGGGCAAAACGCUGUAGAGACUCCGGAACAGGAGCGCCUGUGGGCGGAGUCUGCCGGAGUUCCAUGAAGGUUCCUCCGAUGUGGGAAGAAGCUCCUCGGAAAUUCAACUUUAACUUAUUCUUGUAGUUUGGGUUUGGUGGACGGGAUGUUCUGGUUUCUGGAGAAGUUCUGUUGGGUUCUGCGGGUUUGAUGAGUUGUUGUGAUGAUCAUGUGGGAAUCUUUGUAAAGAAGAAACGUUUGGGGAUGGGGUCCAAACGGGAAUGUUCUAGUAAAAAAUCAUCUGAUCUUCUGAUCUCUCUGUUACGAAAUUCAACGGUUUGAUAUUUAAGAAAUAUUUUUAUUUAAAAUGUAAUAAAUAUUAUUAAUACAUUAGAAAA